UUUCUCUCUCUCUCCCUUCAUCCAUCCACUUACUGUAAAACAAGGCCUCUUUUUGUUCUCAACUUCAUCAGACUCACAUGUUUCAAAGAGGAGGGGAAGAGAUAGGAGGGACAGAUGAGAGAGAGAAAGACAAAGUCACAAAAUCAGAAAGCUCUCCUGUCAUUUCUAACCAUAUCAAAACAUAGAAGUGUGACAUUUCAUUGGCUUGUAAAACUAUCAGUUUGAGCAAAGAAACUCUACUAGAAAGGAUCCACACCACAGAAGAACUCAAACGACAUUCCUGGAUUUGGACCUGGAAGACCAUCGGAUCAUGGAGAAUGGCAAAAUAGAGGGUAAUGACAUAGAUGCCAUAGACGUUCAGUUGCAGGCAAUGUGGGUGGAGCUAAAAUCAGGAGUUGGAAGUGUGGUUGAAGAUUGUGCCACCCUACGGCAAACCUACAGCCGCCUGGAGGAGAAAGUCUCCACCUAUCAACAAGAAACUAAUGACAAGAUCCUGUCUCUCAGAAACACACUUAACACAUUACAGGAAGACAUAAGCACUGCUCUAACUCAGCUCUCUGAGGUUAAGAGUAAACAAAAAGACCUGCAGGGGGACCUGGACCUCAUGCAGAGCACUCAACACAGGAAAGGCUCAAGGGGGGAGGGAUCAGUGGAUGGCCACGCCUCUCUAAAUAGCCAAACAGAACUCAGUCUCAUUCAGCAUUACAUAAGCAGCCUUUCAGCCAAUCAGAACUCUUAUCCUGAGCAUGACAGUCAAAAGAAGUCUGCAUUGUGGAGGGAGAAAAAAAACAGCCAAGAUCUGAAAGAACAAAACUACUCAACUAUAACUCAGAGGCAGACUGCAGCUCUGGAGCUGUUGGAGUCUGAGAGAGUGUAUGUGUCAUAUCUCUCACUCCUGUUAAAGGCCAACAUCAGUUUUAACUCCUCGGAAAAUGUCGGCCUCAAAGAUAAACGGCCUUUCCCUCCCUCUCUACGCUUCUUGAUUCAGCAGCAUCUGGAACUCCUUCACCUCCUGCAAGAGAGAGUUCUUAAGAGCCACUGGCAAGGAAUCAUGGGAGAUGUAUUUCUAAGACUCACUAGCAAAGAAAGUGAUUUUCUGGAUCAUUAUGUAUCAUAUUUACGGGACUUGCCAGAAUGUUUGACCGUGGUUAGUCUGUUCUCCUCUUCAAAAUCAGGCAGCUUUCUAGAGAGUGACAUCACAGGGGAUGAGACACAUCCGUCUCUACACUCUCUGCUUCUACAACCUGUCCAACGUAUCCCAGAAUACCAUACGCUCCUCCAGAGUCUUCUACAGCAGACAGAGUCAGAGCAUCCAGACUAUUACCUGUUACUGGUGUCUGUGCAACAACUCCGAUAUUUCAUGACCCAGUACAGCCAUCUGCUACAGCACAACCAGGAGCUCCUCACACACAGUCAUGCCCUGCGAGAACACACACACAACCUGUGCACACACCAGCAGGAGUGGCCCCAACACACCCGAAAAGAGCUUAGCAGGUCUACAGUGAGACAGCUGUAUAAAGUCGACUAUGAGAAAAAUAAAAAAAACAACACCAGUGCACAAAAUGAUCCUUCUCGACGUAACAAACACUACCCUGACUUCGAAGCAGCACCCUAUCACUACGACCCAGAAAUCCCGUCCCCUGACUCCUUCCUCUCCGACUCUGACUCUCGCCACAAAGCCAUCUCAGUUCCUCUGCGCAGAAUUCCAAAGACAGAGGGAGCGGGAUCUGGCCUCUCUGAUGCUCUGGGUGCGCUCUUUCCCUACAAAGCUGGAGGCUCUCGCUGCUCAAGCCCGUCUCAUUCCUCUGACUCCAGCAUUGAUAUCGCCUUUGUGCAUUGUAGUCCUUCUCAUAGUCCACCUAUACAGUCCCACAGUAGAGGGCGAAGUGCUGGGGGUGUGGCUUAUAGGUCCAAUAGGGCCUGUGUGUCACCUGACUCAGCAGACAUUGUGAGACCACACCCUCUACAGGCAGUGCAGAGAAAGAGCAAAUCACUGAACGGCCUGCAGAUGGACAGUAUUGAUACUCACGCCCACCAGACAAAAACUCCUGCCCACCCGAAGGUGGAGCGCCAGUCAAGUGGCAAAUCAAGAAAGAGACCCAGUAGUCCAAAACACAGAUAUGAGACACACACUGACACAGAGGAGCAGCCGCAACUAAUACAUCAAAAGGAUCCUAGAGACCUGGUGUGGGAGGAGCUCAAAUUGAAGGGUGUGUCUGAUGACUAUGACCACACCCCUUUGAGUGAACGCAGUAGGAAAGAAGGAAAAGGGUUUAGGAACUCCUUCAAAAAGCUUUUCAAGAAGAAGUCUAGUGGCGAUGGAAAGGAGAAGACAACAGUAAAAGCUGAGUGUCAAAGCAGUGGAGAGCUGGAGACCACCAAAGCCCCUCACAUAGGAGACAUUGACAGAGGAACUGCUGUUUAAACUGUUUUACUAAGUGGUUCUCAACUGGUUUUGCUUCCGGGUACAGAUAUGAACUUCAAGUGGUGAUCCAACAGAAUACCACAAAUGCUUAGACUUGUGUUUCGCUCUCUAAAUAUUUCUUGAAGGUUGAGGAUUUCAUGCUUUCGGACACAAAACAUUUGCAUGAUAAAUAAAUGAUUAAUAUCAUUUUGGCCAGAAAUGUGAAAACAUUUGGUUCUUGGAUUGUUUAUGAAAAUAUAUACUGACGCAUAUAAACAAACAGGCACACUUAUCCAUCUUUUGUUCAGUUUAUGCUGACAGGAUGCAAAACUAUGUCUGAUAAAACGUAGAAUGUUAAUCACUCAUAAAUAAAAAUACUGUAAUAAAUACAUUUUGUAUACUUUACAAAUAAAAAUGUAAAUACAUUUGAAUGUAAAUGUAAAUAGUUACAAUUAAAAUAAAACAAUAAUAAAGUGUGUGUGUAUAUAUGACAA